AUGCUGAACUUUUAUUUCAUAUUUUCAGUGUGCUUUGUCCUGUGCAAUUAAGGAAUGUUUUAAGUUUAGCGUCUUUGAUGCAUUCUUACCUUACGAGUGUCGUUAAAUGCAAGGGAAAAUAAAAAGAGAUCUAUCGAUGCAAUUGCAUCUAAACCGCCGCACAACACCGAGACAGAGACAAUAUUUUCACCUGUUCGUGCCAGGGCGCAGCACAGGUGUUCUGCACGUCACGUCCGACCAGUUUGGGGAUAGUACAUUGAGUAGAUGAUCCCGAAAUGUGACGGAAUUUAACAUCCGGACCUGCUGUAUUUUUUCGAAGCGGUUAAUCUCUACGUGAGAACGUGGAAGUGCAAUGGACAUGGACCCAGGCAUCCUCUGUUUCCAACACUGUGGACCAAAGGUGUUCUGUUUUCAGUUACCAAAUGACUGCCCAGUCUGCACCUGUAACCUUUCCAAUGGGAAUUUCCAGCUGCCACCAUUCAGAGUCCCGUACCCAUUUGUGCGUGCGAUUCAGCAUCCGUGUUCCAUUGUCAUCAAACCCACUACCGGCGACUUCCUCCACGACUACCGGAACACCAAAGACCUGCACAUCGGAGUGACGACGUCACAGGGGGAGGUGGUGGAGUUUGACCGGCGGGGGGUGAGGAGGAACCAGGCGGCGUUGUGGCAGCAGUGCCUCGUGGUGGACGGCGCAGCGAAGCCUUGGAGCGAGCACUGGGAUGCCACGCUCCAGCAGGUGUCCGGCCAGCCCUGCUGGACGCCCUUCAGUUAUGACGAAGACUCUUUCAACUGCUACACGUUCGUUCUCUCCUUCCUUUGCAAGCUGCGGUAUGGGAACCUCAGCGAGGCGGCGAUGAACAGGACAGUGUUCUGUGAAAGCUUUAUUUUGCCUCGGACUACGGCUGCCGGGAAGUACAUCUCUUUGUUCCGGAAGCUGCAGGCGUCGAGGUUCUACAUCUACAAGCCCGUGUCAUCAGACAGUUUCAGGCGUGGAUCGUGAUGGUCGGGACGUCCACACUCUCAAGUGUGUAACUGAAACAGUACAAUAAUGAUAUUACUAUACGGAUAACCUGAAUACGUACAUUGGACAUCGCGAGUUCCAUGAACUCAAGGUUGUUCGCAUGCAACAUAACUGUCAAAGUAAUUUUUCUUUAGAUGGAAGUGACAUAACCAACUCUUUAUGAUCAGUCCAUUUCUUUAAAUGGUGUAAUCAGGGUGUCCAGUUUCAGGGACAAAAUAAAAAGCUGGAAUUAUUAUGGAAAUGUAUGCAAGGUAGGGCUGUGAAAUGAAAUGGUUAGAUACAGGCCAGUCAUUAACAUAAUAUAAAUCAUUUAUCCAUUUAUUGUGUCAUGGCAUUUUUAUUUUCGGUUCAGUCUUUGGUGCAAUGCUGGUGCGCCUAGUAUUUUUGAGAAAAAUUGUAUUUUUUGGCAUGUGAGACUAAAUUCUGAGUGUGAUGUAAGAAAUAUCACUUUGUGCAUAGUUGUUGGGAAAGAACAGCUAAAAUUGAUAUUUUGGGCAGUGACAAAUUGUAAAAGACCUGGAGAAGUAAGGAAUUUUUUGGUUUUGCUUGACAGCACAUGUAAUGAAACUAUAGUUGUUUUGUGGGUACUAAGUUAAUCUAUUAUAGGAACUACUGCAUUCUCUGGUCUGUGCAUGUAUGUCCAGAGGUAUAGGGUGUAUUAUUUUUAAGUUAUGACUAGGGGGGUGUGUGGGAAAGGAAAUUUAGCUUUGAGAAUAAUUUGGGAGGGAAAAUAAUAUAUCACUCAGGAAAUGGGGAAAAAUUAGGAAAAUAAUUUAUAACGUAUGUAGGAUGCCAGUAAACUUAAAAUUUGUGAAAUGUUUUCAACACAACAGCAGUAAGUUCUACAAAAAAACUGGUGAAUCAAUGUUUUUAUGAAUUAAACCUUAAGAAACUCUACAAGAUACAAGAUGAAACUCUUAUACUUUUAUUUUAUUUACAUCAUCUUUCAAGUAAAAGUUUGUCAUCUUUUUGGAAAACAAACUUUUAAUAUAAUGUUCUGUUUUCAUACAAGAAAGCCAGUUUUGUAUGGUGGUUGGCUUAAGAUUCUCGCUUUGAAAACACUUUAAUUCCUUUGGAUGAGAAAACCCUUUCACAGGCAUUUUCAGUUGCUUAUAUUCCCAGAUAUGCCACUGCUAUCUUAUAUAAAUUGGCAAUAUUUUCUCAUUUUGUUACCUCCACUUCAUUGGGUUUCCAGCUCUCUCUAGUAGUGGCAUAUUUAAAUAUGUCAUCACCUCUGUGUCCUGAUAAGCACCGAUGAGAGAUCUGUAGCUAAUUAUCAAAUUCAUGCCACAAAGAGGAGUGGCUAGAGUCAGUAGCUGAUUCAUGUUUUUGAUUGCCUGCUAAAUAAAAUCAAACAUGCUAAUUACGAGUAAAAAAACCUGGAAAGUUAGCCUAUUUGUAGUUGAAAAUAAUAAAAGCCAUAGUGUAGGCCUAUUACCAAAUAUACUGCUAUAGACUGUAGAAUACCACCAAAUAAAUUUUACAUCCAAAGAAUAUUAAAUUUAGCAAAAGCUGCCCACAGUAAGAAAUUACCCCAUUUAUGUUUCAGUGAUAUACAAAGUUGUUUACAAUUUAUGAUCAAGUUAAUAAUGUUUAUAUAAAACUAGCACUUUACUUAAUUCAAUGUCUUCUUUUAGACAACUGUUGAGUUUUUGCUGCAAAGUGUUAACAGCGAGAUGUGUUUCAUUGACAGAGAGAACCACAGACAAAGUGUGGGUCUAACAACAUUGCUGUAAAAUAUGAAUCUUGCCCUUGAUACCUUUAAAGGAAAGUGUGCCUUCAGUUCAAAAAGCAAUUCCCUACAAAAUGUAAUACUAGACCAAACUUCACUAGCAUGUUUUUCAGUAUAGUUAUUGAAAAAUAUCUGAACUGAAAAAACUGGAAGCUGCAGGUAUCCUUUCUCCAGAAAGCUCUAUUGUGGCUUUAUGCAGUGGUUAAAGAAUUUUUUUGUAACUUCCAAGUCACCACUCACUCAUAUGAAGAUUGUCAAUGUUUUUCUCUGCCAUAUGUCUUAAGAACAUGUGUUUUUUUUAUGUAACCUGUCAAGCAUGAGGUACUCCAAAUUCCACGUCAUCACACAGUCUUGAAUUAAUUCUAAACUUCGCACACGGUAAAAUAUUCCUUACAAUAUUGUAAGCUAGGAGUCGUACUGGCUCUACUACUAGUUUCUUCACUCAAAUUCAAACUGGAUACUAGUAGCUGUACGAGCUGGGCUACUGGUUUUGCGUAAUAGACUGUGUCCUAUUUUCGUUGCUUGGUCUGUUGCAAUAUUUAAGGAGUGGCCAAUCAGAACUCUCGAAAACAGCAUGAGGAGUUGUUUACACUUUUAAGAGCGCAUGUCAUGAUAAACAUGGACGGAAAGAAGUGGAAUAGUGAUCAACUCCUUGUUAUAAUAAAUGCAUACAAAGAAGAGCCUUGUUUGUAUGCAGUAAAAAAUGUGAAUUAUCAUAAUAAAAAUUUGUUGUGGAGAAUAUUCUCUUAACAAAACUAGUAAGGCAGCUAGAAUCGUGUGCAGCAGAAACUUGUAGCGCACCUGGUGUUUCAGCUUGUAGCCUACACAGUACAGAAACCAGUAAGCAUUCUAGUAAGCAAACUAGUAGAAAAUAUUGUACCGUGUGCGGUGGGCUUUAGUCCCAUUUCUUUUUUUAGUUUUGUGAACUACAGAAGUUGCUGGUGCACUGUGCUUAAAUGCCAUGAGCCUUUUUAUUUAUAUAAUUCCAUUUAUUCAUGAGAAUUUUUAGCAUGUCCAAGAGCAACAUGUAAGUUAGGAGCAAAACACUGCAAACGUGUCAGAGGUGCUUUGCAAAGAUCACACCCCAGCUUGAUGUUUCUCCCAUUGUCUGAGAUAAUAAACAGUGGACUUCUUGCACUGAUGUUCCACUCAUUCAAAAUGUCAGUGAUUUUGCCACCUAUCGCUAAUGCUGUGUGUGGAAGAAUAGUUGGACAGAGUAGAAAAUAGUCUUUGUCAUAUUUUUAAUGUUAACAAGCCGGGUAGUAUCAAUCUGGCAACAGUGGCUGCCAUUUUCUCUGCACUGCAAUCUGAAUGUGAGACAGACUGAAGAAACAAACUCACCAAAUUCAAACUACAGUAGCGCUCCCUGGUUGCUGUGUACUGGCAGUGGGGGACUGUUGCUGCAUGUGGAGUGCAGACUGGUGAGUUUUUCUCACGGGACUCCAUUCUUCCACCUGUGAAUUCCCAUUGUAAGAAUGACAGGCACCUACAGGUCUCAUUUUAAAAGCUUUGCCACAUCAGUGGUUGCACUUAGACUGCUCAAAUUUUCUUGGGACUAAUUUAAGUUAGGAUUGCCUCCUAUUCCUGUUACCUAUAGCUUCGAACCCAUAUACCAAAGCAUAAUUUUUUUAGUUGGCCACUGCAGUCUCAGGGGAUGAAGGAAUGCUCAUCAGUCAUCAGCAUUUCAGUUAAUGAGAAUAGAUAAUUUAAUGCAGCCUAAACAUGAGAAGCACACUUGUUCCAAAGUUUUUUAAGUAAUUAUUUAACUAAAACCAAACUGUCUUCAAAUAUUUUCUUUUGUCAGUGGUUAUGGAAAGUGAAUCAGUGAACAAUUUGAAAAAGUUUUAAUUGUUAUGUGAGAAUAAGGCCCACUGGCACAGUUGUGACUUGAGGGUAAGGGAAGUAUUACUUAUUUGAUUAACAUAAGAAAAGUUUAAUAUUAGAUUUUUCUUACUUAACUCUAACUGUGCAAGACGGCCUAAGGCUUCUCCCUUUUUCUCAUACCUUUUUUGGGCAUAUGCCAAAUAAUUGUUAGUAAAAUGCUCAUCCAUUGUGUUCAAAUUCAGUUCUGAGUGUGCAAUGUUUCAAGGCUUAUUUAAUUGGUGUUUGUUAUUUUUCUCUCUGUCAAUUGUUUUGUAUUUCAAUCAGUAUUAAAAAUGGUAUGUGAAG